AUGGCCUCCACCCGCAGAAACACGCAUCACUCCGUCGAUUUACCCACUGAGAUUUGGGUAAUGGUGAUCCAGCUCCUGGAUCAACAAGAUAGGGAAAAGCUCCGGCUUGUAAAUCAUGAACUUUUACCUAUCGCCACGCUUUGUUGCUUCGAAACGGUAACCUUUGAUCUCAGCGAGGCCGGCAUGGAGAAGUUGAUCCAAAUCGCUUCAUCCAAACACUUGGCCGAGAAUGUAAGAACCUUGCAACUUAAGAGACCAAGGAGAAUGCCCGAAAUAAUAGAUUUUAACGAAUGGAUGGGAUUUUUCGUUGAUGUGGAAGAGAAGAAGCCCUUCCACUAUUACUCGGCCGGUUAUGACGGUGGUUGGUUAGCAUAUGAAGGCUGGUCACGAUACACGCGAGCCGAGCAUGAAAGCCUCUACGAACAAUACAAAGACAAGCGAAAUAAAACGCAGGAUAACUUGAAAUCUUUACUAUCUGAAGCUUGCAGGAAAUUCACAAAACUCACUUCUUUCAAACAUAAGCCUGGAACCAUUUGGGAUGAUCGCUGGGUCGACGUUUUGCCAGGAAAACACCGUGAAUUUCAAGAUGAUGAGUACGAAAGCCAAGAAGAUGACGAUAUAGAGGCCUUGAACUUGGCAGUCGCACUCAGCGUUAUGGUAUCGGCCAGAAAACAUAUCUCUAAACUUCAAUCCAUUACUUUCCAUACACGAGGGCCAUUGUUCUGGAUCCUACUCUACCUGAAACGCCUCCAGCAGGGUCAUGGACACAACGACGUCAGGGCUGCAGAACAGCACAUGGGACAGGAACUACUGAAUCUGACUCAAUACAAUCAACAAUUCGACACCAUGAAAGAGGCUCUGAGAGACAUCUCUAGCCUCGAUUGCUCAGUCAGUGAGAAAGUGCAUGACGGAGGCCUUUCUAGAGUAACAGGGCCUUUCCUGGAAUUCCUCUGUUGUUGCCAAAAGCUUCGAAAGCUAUCUCUGACCUUUGGUCACUUGGAGGAAGGUGAUCUCCGAUUUGACGAGACUAUUGGCAACCAGCAUGAUGCACCUAAAGCAUUGCUAACCUCACUGGCUAGGAGUAAACCGUGGUCGAAGAUUGGGGAAUUAAGGCUCCGGAUUGUAACAGAUCAACACUCCCUGUUAUCCUUCCUGAAUUCGAUUAGUGAUACCCUACACCAUCUUACGCUUUCAAAUAUCCACUUCGGACGUUCAAAGGGUACGUGGGAGUCUGCUCUUGUGCACCUUGCGUCAGAACUUAAAAAUCUGAAAAAAUGGAUGCAGAAAGUCUGUGUGAACGGGGCCGAGGGAAAUGGAAAACAAGAACCUUCUUUGAUCCAAAAGCAGAGAAAUGGGAAGGCAGAACAACUUCAUACAAUGAUCUGA